ACUUUGGCAGCAUCAGAGUCUGCACUCGUCCGAUUAAUAUGCUAUCGUCAGCAUACCAUUGCGCUCUUAGUGGUAAAAGGAGGCUGAGUUGAACAAGGGUCUGGUUAUUGACGCCGGUUCCGGACGUGACGGCCCACACGUCGCCGCCACCACCGUCAUAAUAUACUUUGAUCCUCCGUCCCGACAGCACGCCAUUGACGGGCCCCGUCGCGUCAUCAAACACAUCAUUUAUCGGCAAUCAUCCCGAACUCGGAGCAUAUGAACGCGACUUCUCCCGUCGCGUCGUCUCCGGCUGCUGCCGUCGCACGGCCACCAAAACGGACUUCAAACACGUGCAACACGUGCCGUGCUCGAAAAGUCCGGUGCGACGGCCGCCGGGAUGUCUGCACCAAUUGUGAACGUCUCGGCUUUGGCUGUACCUACCAUGACGCCGGCCCCGGGUCUGGCUCUACGGAAGGCGAGACGGCCAUGUCGUCGGCCUUGGCUUUGGCCUUGCCUCGACGUCGUGUUCGGUUGGCCUGUGCCAAUUGUCAUUCCCGCAAGGCUCGGUGCAGUGGAUCACUCCCAAAGUGUGAUCGCUGCCGGGCCAGAGGCAUUGAAUGUGUCUAUCAGCCAGGGAAACGAGCGCGCCCUUCUUCAGUGAUCGUGGGCGAGACCACGGGGAAUGCUAGCUCAACCCCAGACAGGCCUGGUAGUGGCAAUGGGACAGGUAGGGACGGUCGGGAUGAUCGUGUCUCUGUCCACAGCCGGAGCCACUCGUCAGAUCGAGACGUAACAAGCGUGACCAGUCCUAGUAACUUUGGUCAAGCUGCAGCAACAGAGGAUGAUGCAGUGCUGGAGUCGAUUGCACCACGCGCGUUUGAACAAUUCUUCCGACACAUUCAUCACAUACCCGUAUUCUCCUUCUUGCAUCGCGCCUCUCUGAUGCAACGAUAUCAUGCUGGGCUCAUAGAUCGAGGCUUGUUGCUUGCACUCAUCGGCAUCACUUCAUUGUUAACAGAUUUGGGGAGCGGCACUCGUGACUUUGGUGCCAGGUGUAUCGAUGAGGCCGAGACUACCGUUCUUCGAGAGUUGGAGAAGCCAUCGACGCUCAAGCUACAGACACUAGUGCUCAUCAUCAAACAUCGGAUAUUGAUGCGCAGGUUUCCUUCGGCAUUCAUGCUACAUGCCGUUGCUUCCAGGUUCGCAGUCGCUCUGCGGCUUAAUCAUGAGAACCCUCGCCUUUGCUUUCUCGCUCAGGAGUCACGUCGGCGCCUGAUGUGGGCCGUGUACAUGAUCGACACGGGCAUUGCUGCUGGACAUCCAGAUUUUGGCCUCUGGGAGAACAAGGCACCCUCAAACAUCCGAAUUCAGCUCCCUUGCAACGAACGCAACUUUGACUUUGAUCUCCCAGAGGUCACGGAACCCCUGGAGCAACCAGCUCCCGGUCCCGAUGGUGUCAUUCCACCAAUGACGGACGAUAUUGGUUUCCUCGCUCUGCACAUACGCGUCUGUCUACUGCGGAGCCGCAUAUUACAAUACACAAAGAACAUGAUACACGGGAACCCGACGCCGGAACAAAUAGCGAAUCUUCCAGCAAGGUUCGCCGAGCUCGAAUCACAACUCGGCGCCUUCGCUGCCCGACUUCCCGUCUCCUUCAAUUGGUCCGAGGCCAACGUACGGUUGCGAGCGUACUCCCCACGGCUCUGCGUCUUUGUCAUGACGCACAUGUGGUGGGAACAAUGUCACAUUGACCUAUAUCGCGUUGCGGCCCAUUCUGGAGUGUCGCGCGACGCUUUGCCACAGAACAUGAUGGCACGAAUCGAGGCCAGCCAUCCUGGGUUUGCCGGCAUCUGUCGCCGUCAGAUUUUUGAACAUGCCAGGGCCAUGGCGGACAUGUUUAGUCUCAUGCUGGCGCUUGACGGCGUUCCCGUCACUGAUAUGGACCUUCCGGUCUGUUUGUAUCAGUGCGCGCGGAUGCUGUACCUGAGUCUGCACACCAGCGGCGUUGAGUUUGGAAUCACGACCGAAAGCGUACAAGAGAUGGGAAAUGUUUGUCUUCGGGUGCUCAAGCAAACCAUCACAGCACCAGCGGCCAUGGGAAUCCGUGCAGAUCUCGAGAGGCUCCUUGCAACAGGCAUUCCCAGCGAUUUGGCCCCCAGCAUCCCCGAGUCGCCUGAAAUUCCCAUUGGAGGGCAAGGUCGGAACCAGGUCCCGGCUCUCCUCGGCCAGAGUGUGCUACCCAAUAACGCGAACCAAAUAGGCAUGAACGCGGUACAAUAUCAGUCACCGAUUGCGUCUCUUCCCAACGGUGCGCAAACUUCAUCCACACAAACCGUUGCAGGGCCGUUUCAAGCCGCCAGCACGCAACCGACACCGAUGGCCCAGUUGGACCAGCCAACGACAGAGACGGAUGAGGCGCCCAAAUCACCAUCUGCGGCAUCUCUACAUCCCAGCAACGCCUUUGAUGGGCCGUUUGAUGGUUUGGACUUCAAUAUGGAUCAGUUUGGCAUGGAUUCACAGUCGUGGUACUCGAUCGAGUGGUUGGGAGGCGAAUUUUCUAGUGCAGCCGGAAACGGACAGCCUACUUGACUGUAGCCUGAUGAGACGAUUCAAUACCAACGUACUUAUUAUCCGAUCAAGCAUUCACAACGCCGUACCAAACCAGACCCAUCAAGGCACCCAUGAUGAUGACAAUCGGAGGAUCCACACCGAACGAGUAGCCAAAGACAAAGCUGGAUGCCGUCACGACUACCCACCAAGGCUCCUGACCGAGGUUCGUACCCUGUUGAAAACCCUGAUCAAUGUAACCAAUCUGCCACAGGCGGUAAACUGCCGUGUAGACCAGCCCGACAGCAGCGGCGUUGACGCCCCUGAUCAUCGACUUGACCCACCUGAUGCCACGGAUCGCGCUCCAAAUACCCAUGGUCGCAUGGACAAUCAUUAACCCUGGGACGAAUAUACCCAAGAACCCAAUUGUGGCACCGGCAGCCGAUGGAUAACCCCCAUUGAUGGCCGUCAGUGCGCCCAGGUAGACUGCAAAGUUGAAAUUUGGUCCGGGGAAGCUCUGCUGGAUUGCAAGCCCGAUUAGAAAGUCACGGGGGCUCACCCAACCCUCGGCAACGAUGUACUCGCGUAGCAGUGGAAUGACGACGGGUCCGCCACCGAAAAUGAUUGUUCCAGCGAGGUACAGGUUUCCAAAGAGGCUGAAGAGGAGCGGUUUGUUUGGGAGGGUGCCACGCAAGACCAUGACCACGAUAAAGGUCAGCAGGAAGGCGACGAUUAUACCAAGGCCAAAGGUCCAGGAGAAGUUUAGCACACGGUCCUGUGGGACAGUCCUAGGCUCCGUCUCGGUUUGCAGCCGCUCGUCUUCAGUAACGGGGAGGGAUCCGCUGCUGGCUGGCCUCUGACCCCCUGUCUGGCGCUCUCUUGUGUUGACCGAGGGCGUGGCAGUGCCGCUGGCGUUCUCAACCCGCUGAGCCUCUGGAAGGUUCACCGACUCGGGCUCUUCCACGCGCCUCCGGGGCUUUUUGAGCACGCCCACUACGGCUUUGAUGGGUCCAUGCAGCCACCGGUAGUCGUGGACGAUGGUUGCAAUGCCGCCCAGAACUAUCAGGAGGGGAAAGUACCACAGGGCAUUGUACAUGAUGCCUGCGGCCGCUCCCAAGAAGACGAGUAUGUGGGUGACUUUGUCGGUGAUGGCCUUUUCCGACAGUUGGACGGCGGCUACGGCGAUAAUGCCGACGGUUGAGGCGUUUAGACCGGAGAGUAGCGCGUAGGCAAUGCGGGGGAGCGAGUCCCCAAUGUUGGAGACGCCGAUGGCGAGACCAUACAUUCCCAGGGCGCCGGGCAAGCUGAGAGUUUAGUACAGGCAGCUUAUUACAGACUGAUGUGGGUGCUUACCUCCAGAUGAGAAAGCCCAACAGGGCGGAAAGGAAACCAUCAUGGAUGAGGUUGAUACAGUAGUGCAUCUUGGUGCUGGCAGGACCAGACGUGGCCUGACAGACACUGAAUAAUUCUUGGUACUAGUUGGGGUUAGUUCUGCCCUCCUCAUACAACGGGAACGACUUACUGUCUGUUCGUCGAUCCAUUGCAACUUUUGAACGAAUUUAUCAUGAAACUACAUACGAAGAUUUGUUAGCAAUGUUGUGAGAAGAAUCACAUACGCGACUUACAAUCUUGAAAUGCACUGGCGGGCCACCAAAUGCCGUUAACCCAAGGCGGUAGUUGUUACGGAUGGUAUUGGCCAAUCCGCGACCCAAGUUUUCGGGUCUCCAACCCCAGCGCCGGAUAGCCAUUCUGAAAUCGAGUCGAGUGCCUGUGGCUUGAUGGUGUUGACAAGAGAAGCAGGCGAGUAUCCAAGGCUAAAUAUCGCAGUGAUUGAUCCACCGACCUCAGCCCAGCUUACAGCGGCGAAUCACUGCUUCUCGUCUGCACACGUGCGGCCGACCUGCUGGGGGUACGUAAUGUUUAAUUUUACGGUUAUUUAAUGACCACGACAGGUCUAUUUUGCUGGCUCACUGAUGAUCUAGCGCACUGACGAUAGAGCUUUUGACGAUGAUAAGGCCAUGUUUACAAGAACCGUCUUCUGAAGGUCUGUUAAAUGAUUCAUUGUGAAUCAACUCAGACCCCUGUCGGCUGUCUCGAUUGCGUGCUCGAUUGCGCGACCAGCUUGGAUCCGCCAAGUCUCGCCAAGCGCGGUGUUUGGCUGUGGUGAGAUACGGUAAUUUCUACCUUCUAGAGAUAUCUUGGGGACUAUUGACUAAGUAUCAAGGCACUUUAUUAAUUUUGUCUGUAUAACACUAUGACUGAGCAUAUUUGGUAGUUGAUGAUUCUGUCAUCAGGUUUGGAAUCAAAAGACACGCGAUUAACCAUGCAUAAACCACAUACAAACAAUUUCUAAGCGCUCACCGUCGAUAACACAUGUACAUGU